AUGGGGGACUACUGGGUGGAGACGCAGGCGAUCCUGCAGGACCCGGCGAGUCCGCUCGUGCGUCGUCCGAAGCUGAAGGAUGCUCUUCUGCAGAAACCGCCCUUCAAGUUCCUCCACGACGUCAUUUCCGAGGUCCAGCGCAGCACGGGGUUCGCGCAGGGCCUCUUCGCCGACCACGAGCAGGAAAAAGACCUCAUCAAGGACAAGGAGAGCAAGGUGGCCUAUUUAACCAAGGCCAUGCACUGCGUGGGCAUCGCGCUGAACGAACACAUCAACGUCAACCCGCUCAAGGUCGUCGCGGGCCUCGAGCCCGCGAACACCAACGCCUUCCUGCAAGCGCUCGGCCGCGCGGCCACGCAGGGCGACGGCGCGGCGGCCGUCGAGGCUGUGCUACAAGGAAAGACGAUGCCGCCGCCGGCGAUGUCCCCGUCGCCGCGCGGACAGGCGCCCCCGCUCACGCCGGUGCCGGAGGCCGCGCCUGCGCCGCCCCCGCGCGAGGCCCCGCCGCCGCAGCCGGCCGAGGAGGAAGAGAUGCGCUUCUUCGGCAACUCCGAGGUCAUGCAGAUGAACGACAACGCCUCCCCGGAGCCGCAGCCCGACGCACCACCGCCGCGCAGCGAAACGCCGCCCAUGUUCGGGGCGGACACCCCCCCGCCGGACACCGAGGCCGCAGGCCGCGCGAACGAGCCCCUCGACGACCCCGCCGCCGGCGCGAUGCCGGGCGAACCGGACCUGCCGCCCGGCGCGCUCGCGGGCGACGCCGCGGGCGGGCUCGCGAUGCUGCCGCCCGUGCCGCCGGGGCGCCCGAUGACGGCGCGCAAGGCGCCGCCGAAGGUCGCGGGCCCGCCGCCGAAGAGCGACCCCGCGCCGGCGGACGCGCCGGCGGCCGAGCGCGGCCCUUCUCCUGUGGUGUUUUUGGAACAGGCGGAGAGCGACUCGGACAGCGACGUGGAGAUCGUGGAGGACGCGCCGGGGCCCGUGGAGGGGCUGGACGACGGCGCGAAGGGCGGCGCGCUCGUCGAGAACCUGCGCGCGGCGCACCGGGACCUGGGCGCGGCGGACGAGGCGGAGGACGAGAUGGCGGGCGUGAUUCUGGGCACGCGGUCGAAGAAGCAGGGCCCCGCGGACCUCGAGCAGAUCAAGGCGACGGUGCAGCAGCUGUGCAAGGCCACGGAGCCGCUCGGCAAGGCGAUGGACUUUUUGCAGGAGGACGUCGACGGGAUGGUAAAGGAGUAUAACUACUGGGCGGAGGAGUCCCGGAAGUUCCAGCAGGAGCUGGGGUCGAUCCAGAGCCAGGCGAGCGGGUCGGAGACCAAGGUGAACGAGCUCGCGCGGCUGGACGAGGAGCUGGCGGGCAAGCGCGCGGAGCUGACGGCGCUGAAGGCGCAGGUGCUGCGGAACGACCGCACCAUUGAGCGCCUCCUGGCCGUCGUGGCUGAGGGGUGCCGGUGA